AUGUCCUCUCAGAGGGUAAAAAACAUUUUACAGCAGGUAGCCGACCUCACUCCAAACGAGCUAGCGCAAUUGCUGAAGGGCAUUUGCAACAGUAAAAACAAAGACCGGCUGCCAAAGGCGUUUCAGUCCGUCGAGGUCAACGAAGCCAUCGCGACCUCAGUCCGUGAAUACCUAGACUGUACUCGGCGGACCGGUGGCCAACGCAAGGACCUGAAGCUUGGCUGGAGUGCCGUUGCUACUGCUGUGUCAGACAGUGUCCGGGCGUUACCAGCUACGCUCACUGCUGGCUCACUGUACGAGGCAGCACUGUGCAAGGCCCCCGAGCAAUGCCCCGCCCAGCAUCCAGCGAUGUCGUGCUUGGAUGGCACCUGUACAAGCUGUGGCAUACGAGGACUGGAGUGGCCAGAGUACCUGUAUGACACCUUGGCAGAGAUUGAGACAGAUGGCACUGACGGAGGAGAGUCGGGUGAUGUGGACAGCGUAGUGGAAAGACGCGGAUCACGGUUCGGGCCCGCACCGCGCGCUCUGCCUCUAACCGAUGUGGGUCAGGCGCUGCCGCCGUUGUCGUCGAGAGGGUUGCGGUCACCUCCGGGGUCUGUGGGUUCCAUGACUCUGAACGGCGCAACGAGUCGCCGUGCCUGGGCAGCGCUGCGUGCGUUGCUGGCGCUCGUGCCCAACGUAGCACCCUCCCUGGAGCCCCAACACGUGUCUAGCCUGCUGUACGCCGUGGCACAGCUGGCAGCGGCUAGGUCGCCCGGGGAGGAGCUUGAGGCGGUCUCAAGCUCUUCCGCCGGGGGCGGUGCCUCUGGGCUUUCGUGGGUGCCUGGCGGCGACGGGGCGGGGGUACAGCGGCUGGUGGCGGCGCUCCUGAACGCCAGCCUGCCGAAGCUGUCAAGCUUUGGGCCGCAGGCUCUGUCUAACUCGUUGUACGCGCUGGCGAGCUUGGGGAUCUCUCCACCUCGGAGCUGGUUGCGGGCGUGGCUGGGCGCGUCCGCAGGUCAGCUGCUGCGCGCGGACCCGCAGCACAUUGCUAAUAUGUUAUGGGCCUUCGCGCGCCUGGGGUACGACCCCGGAGACGCGUGGAUUAUGGCUGCGCUACAGGCCGCGGCGUUGAAGGCACCUGCGUUUACGAUGCAGGCGGCUAUGGCGGCGGCGCCGCCGUCGCCGCAGCCGCAGCCUCUAUUGGCUGCACGGGAAGCGAUGCAGUCUGCGGGGCGGAGGCUGCUCCAGGCGUCCUCGCGCCAUCUGCAUGUCUACAGCCCGCAGCAGCUUGCCAAUACCUCCUGGGCGGCUGCGGUGCUGGGUCUGCAACCCCCACCUGAAUGGGAGGCGCAGUUUUGGCUCGCCUCGCAGGCCGCUCUGCCUGCCAUGCGGACCGAGGAGCUGGUGGGUACAGCCAUGGCCUCCGCGAAGCUGCGACUACAGCCACCCGACCGGUGGCUAGCUGCCGUACUGGAGCUAACCAGUCAGGCCAUGCUGCGGCAGCAACAGCAUCAGCAUACCUUUCUUCCGCCGCCUCCUCUGUUGGCGGCCCCUGGCGCAGGCGAUGGCUCGUCGCCGCAUAGCGGCACUCAGCGGAGCCCCAGCCGGAUCCAGGCAACGGGCCGAACGUUGGCCAGCCUACUUUGGUGUGUGGAGGCGUGGCAGCUGGAGUGGCUGGCAGGGAAGGGCCUGAUGGACCCGGCGGCGCUGGCGAUGGCGCUGCAGGCCAUGGCGCGCAUGGGGCUGCGGCCUGAUGCGAUAGUAUCGGGCUGGACUGCCAGGAUUGUGACGACCGCCUUGGCGGGCAUGGCUGCCGACUGGCAUGCCGGGGCUGCUGUGGAUGCUGCUGUUGAACAGGCGCAUCGUGCGCGAGGAAAUGGCAGUGUUGGGGCGCCGGCCGGGUCGGAGCGGCAUGAGGGCCUGGGGCCCGGCGGUGGCGACGGUGGGUAUGGCAUGGGAAAGCAGGCUGAGCAGGGAGUCGGCGGCGUCAAUCCUCAGUGUGCGCGCAUGCUUCUUUGGUCAUUGGCGCGUCUGCGUUGCUGGGUUUCGGAUGAUAUCGCGGGAGAGCUAGCGCUUAAGGCAGCUGAGUGCGACAUGGCGGCAGCCAAGGCUUCUCCUGCUGUGGGUGUUUUCCCCGCUACUGCGGUUUUGGGGACGCAGAAGGAUGCGGGAGGGAGGAACAAGCUGUUCCGCAAGGCGCUCUUCGCCGUGACUGCCGGGCCCAGCGCUGCUGUUGCGGUGGAUGCUGCGACGGAUUCUACUGAUGGCAUGUUUGGGAAGGACGGGGUUAAAAAGGCGGAGGGGACUGUCCCGGGGUCGGAGAGGUCGGCACGGAAUGUGUGCGUGGCGAUAUGGGCGUUAGCAUGCCUGUCCAGCCGGCCCAGCGCAGUGGUAAUGCGGCAGCUGGAGAGGCGCGCGGCACUGGAUGUGGCCUGGGCGUCUGAUUCUGAGCUGUUGACAAUGUGGCGGCUCAGCAAGGAAGCUCAGGGUGCACUGGGUGGGCCGCGGCUGUAAGGGCUUCGCAGCUGAGGGUCACAUAGUUUGUUUUGGGGCUCCAUGGAGGAAUUGAAGUGGCCCAGAGCGGGCUGUCGGUAUUGGGCACUUUGCUCCCUUUGAGAGGAGGAGCGGUAUCAUCACACGCCCGAGUAUGGGGACUAGGCUGCUUGCAAACGUCAUGGGCAAUACACAUUAAGGCAGCUUUACAAAUGUAGAUUGCGUCCUCGC